AUGUCUGAUUCAGACUCUAUACAUUCUACUGAUGCCCCUCCACCCGUCCCGCCAAAGGAUGAUUUUCGUCCUAUGCUCCCACCAAAGGAUUUUCCAAGAGCUUUUUCAUACAUGGGUCCUUCUAACUCUAGUAAUUUAAAUAAUGAAACUAAUACAAAGCGCGCGAAAAGAACAUCUUUAUUUCCUUCUUUUGGUUCAUUAUUUACACCUAAUACUACUAAAGCAACUACAAAUGAUGAUGUUCCUAGAAUAUCUUCUCACUCUGGAAGUAUGUUUUCGAAAAUUUCAUCUUGGUGGUCAAAUCUAAGUAAACUGAAACCAAAAAAUACUGCAAAUGUUACGCCAAUAGCAAUACCUUCAACAUCAUCUUCGGCUACAUCAUUAAUUACUCCUCAAAUAACAGAUGAUGCAAAUAAUUUUCAAUCUUCUCCAAAAGUUAAGAGAUCUAAGAGCAUAACCACGACAUCAUCCAGAAAUCAAUCGAAUAAAAGGGCUAGUUUUAUAUCAUUUAUAGAAAAAUUAAAUCGUAAAUUUUCUUUUAGUUCCAAAAAAUCCAAUUCAUCUAAAUCAUCUAAUAAUCAAAAGGUAUCAUCUCGAAUUAAUCCAUCAAAAACUGAUUGGUCCUCUUCUGCUUCUACUUAUCAUAAUGGAGAUGUUAAAAGAUCUAAUGCUAAACAAAAACAAAAAAUGACAACUAAUAAUCAUGAUCUUACAGCUUCAACUCAAACUUUAUGUCCUGAUGGAUCUUCAAUUUCAACAACUCAUUCAACUGCAGCUGAAACUAUGGAAUCAUAUAAUAAUGAAUAUGAAAAUAUUGAAGAUAUAUCGAUAGAUAUUUUGGAGCCCUUAAGGUAUUCGAUGGCAAAAUCUAAUUCAUCGGAUGAUACGAUAAGAGGAGCCUCAAAAACAAAUCGUCAUAGUAGAUUAUUAGAUAUUUUCACCCCUAAAAGCACUUCCCAACGUGGUUCAACUUCUUCUCGUGGAAGUAUUGUUCACACAACAAAUGGUGUCCCCAACCGUCAUAUCAGAAUUAAUUCAAACGUUAUAAAAGAUCCAACCAGCCUAGAUGACAUGCAACGAGAGAAUUAUGAAAACCGACUUUCUUCACAAAUAUGCACGAACCUUGAUAUGCCGUAUUAUACAAUUGAUAAUGAAGGGGAGGAUGGCACAUCUAGUAGUGAUUUAGCAACAGAAGGACAAUCUAAAUCUGACAUGUCACCAUUGCGACAGAAUCCACACAAACAAUCUUCAAUCAUGGAAAUGGACAGAUUCCUUUCUAGUUUAUGUGCUUCACCUGAUAAUGAUACUACCCCUAGUAAUCAACCAUUUUCUCGUAUGUCAUGGAUUGCAAAAUCUUUUGAUUCUGAAGAUCCAUCUGCUUUUCACAUCCGUCCUGAUUCUAUUAUUGCUAAUCUUAAAGUGGCCGUUCCCUUAAGAAGUGCGAAGGAUGCAUUUUCUAAUCCUCAAUCUAUAGAUAGUAAAGGACCCGCUAUAUUAAGUAAUUGUCGAAUAGCAUUUAUUCCAGUUAAUUUCUUUGAUGGACUUUAUAACGUUAAAGAACUUUUUCUUGAUCGAAAUUCUUUGAGAGAUUUAUCCGAAGAAAUUUUAAAACUUACUAAAUUAGAAAUUUUAGAUCUAAGCAAUAAUUGUAUAUCACAAUUUAAUCCAAAAUUAAAAUUUAAAAAGAUGAAGAAUUUACGUCGCCUAAAUUUGGACAAUAAUGUACUAUAUGACAUAACAAGCUUAUGUAAAAUUAAGACACUUAGAGAAUUAAGAGCAAAUAAUAAUUUCUUAGGAACAUUAACAACAGACAUUGCAAAAUUAGUCAAGUUACGAUUAUUAUAUUUAGAUAAUAAUCAACUUGCAACUCUACCUGAUUCAAUUGGUCGAUUAAGGUCUUUAUGCGUUUUACGUUUAAAUAACAAUAAUCUUGAAGAACUACCAUUAUCAGUAUGUUCAUUACGUCAAUUAAAAGUUCUAGAAUUGAAGUCAAACCUUUUAACACAAUUACCAGAAAAUAUUAAGGAAUUAGAAAGUUUAGCUAAACUUGAUGUUUCAAAUAAUCGACUUACUUCACUCCCCAAUGAUAUUGUAAAAUGUAGCAGAUUAACUCAUUUAAACGCAUCUAAUAAUAAGCUUGAAUCUUUACCACCUAAAUUUGGACAACUAUACCGAUUGAUUACUCUUAAUCUUCGUCAGAAUCAAAUCAAUAAUCUUUCAGGUGACUUUGGCAAACUCACAAAUUUGACAGAUUUAGAUUUAUCUUAUAAUGAAUUGGUCGUGUUACCGGAAGGUUUAGGAAACCUUAAAAAGCUUACCGAAAUUAAACUCAACAAUAAUACAUCAUUAUUGGCAAUUCCAGACAUAUUUCAGAAAUUAUCACAAAUCAGAAAGAUUUAUUUGCAACAUUGUAACUUAAGUUCAAUUCCAUUUAUAAUGGGUGAUGCGUAUAAUCAACUUAAAUAUGUUGACAUAUCUUAUAAUUUAUUUGAUACUAUUCCUGAUUUACAUGGAAUGAAUAAUGUCACAGUAUUUAACAUUGCAAAUAAUCGAAUAGUUGAUUUGACAGAAAAAAUUGAUCAAUUGGAAUCAUUAUGUGAACUGUACGUGAUGAACAACAAACUUACACAUAUACCAAAAUCAAUUGGACAUUUAAAGAAUUUACAAGUAUUGGAUGUUUCCGAAAAUAUGAUUGUUGAAUUACCAUUAUCGAUUGGUGAUUGUCAAAAUUUACGAGAACUUAAAUUACAAGGUAAUUCAUUGGAAAGCUUACCGGCGACUUUAAGAUAUUUGACUAGUUUGGAUAUAUUUCAUAUUGGACAAUGGCCAGCGACCGAAUUCAAAAUAGUACAUAAUGAGAUUUUAACAGAAGAUUUGAAAUUAAGUCCAUAUCAAUUUAAUAUUCCACAAGAUGCAGAACGUACAUUAUUAUGGAGAAUGCAUGAUUCAAUAUUGAAAAGAUUAAGAGAAAUUGACUGCAAUGAUGGAACUUCUGAUAAAUCUUUAAAAAGUUUUUCAAAUGAAAGUAAUGCUUCACAAUAUGGUGGAAUUCGUCCAUUGACACCAGAAUUGUCACCUAGUUCAUCGUCUAGAGACGAUGUAAUAUUGAAAAUGACGGUUUUGAAAGGAGUUUAUGAUCAAAUUAUGAAGGAUAUGCGUAACAAUGAAUAUGGUAAAGAGCCAAGUAAUGAUGAUACAACCGAAUCUUCAAAUAGUGUAAGGAAAAAAUUUUCAAAAUUAAAAUUUCUAAAAAUUGGUGAUAAUAAGUAG